CCCAGUGGCGUCACUCUGUGCCCUGCGAUGUCGGGUCGGAAGCCUGCCUCGGGCCGUGCCGCUGCCACCAGCCCAGCGCCUGCGGGGCAAGCGGUUUUGAGCAGAUUCUUCCAGUCUACGGGAAGCCUGAAAUCUACUUCAUCCCCCUCGGGUGCAGCCGAGAAGGCCGACCCUGACUCUGACUCCGCAGCGCCCCUAGCGCCCACUUCCCCGCCUCAGUUGCCGCCACGCGUGGUUGCAGAAAUUGGCAGCAGUAAAAAGAGACCACUGGAGAGUGAUGGGCCUGUUAAAAAGAAAGCAAAGAAAGUCCAAGAAAAGGAAGGAAGAAGUGAUUCAGUGAUGUUUGGGAAUGCUGAGCCAAAGAAAUGUCUGAGGACCAAGAAUGUUUUAAAGUCUCUGGAAAAAUUGAAAAAAUUCUGCUGCGAUUCUGCCCCUCCUCAACAUAGAGUUCAGACAGAGCCUCUUCAGGAGAGAUUUGCAAUUCUGCCAAAAUGUACUGAUUUUGACGAUAUCAAUCAUCUACGUGCAAAGAAGGCAGUUUCUUGUGAAGAUUCCAAAUCUCGUAUUAGUCAAAAGGAUAAGACACUUUCUGAUCUCAAUCCCUUUGGAUCAUCACACAUGGGUGAUGACAAUACACAAAAAACUUCUGAUCCUAAGCCAUCUAACAAACGGACCAAAAGCAUCUACACACCUUUAGAAUUACAAUACAUAGAAUUGAAGCAGCAGCAGAAAGAUGCAAUUUUGUGUGUGGAAUGUGGAUAUAAGUAUAGAUUCUUUGGGGAAGAUGCAGAGAUUGCAGCCCAGGAGCUCAAUAUUUAUUGCCAUUUAGAUCACAACUUUAUGACAGCAAGCAUACCUACUCACAGACUGUUUGUUCACGUGCGCCGCCUUGUGGCAAAGGGAUAUAAGGUGGGAGUUGUGAAGCAGACAGAAACUGCAGCAUUAAAGGCUGUCGGGGACAACAGAAGUUCACUGUUUUCCCGGAAAUUGACUGCUCUUUAUACGAAAUCUACACUUAUUGGAGAAGAUGUGAACCCUUUAGUCAAGCUGGAUGAUGCUGUAAAUGUCGAUGACAUAAUGACUGAUACUUCUACCAGCUUUCUUCUGUGUAUCUGUGAAAAUAAGGAAAAUGUUAAGGACAAAAAAAAGGGGAACAUUUUCUUUGGAAUCGUGGGAGUACAGCCUGCCACAGGUGAGGUGGUGUUUGAUUGUUUCCAGGACUCUGCUUCCCGUUCGGAGCUAGAGACUCGGAUACUGCGCCUGCAGCCGGUGGAGCUGCUGCUUCCCUCCCGCUUGUCAGAGCAAACAGAGACGCUUGUCCACAGAGCCACAGCUGCUCGUGUGCAGGAUGACAGAAUUCGAGUAGAAAGGAUGGAUGACAUGUACUUUGAAUACAGCCAUGCUUUCCAGGCAGUUACGGAGUUUUAUGCAAAAGAUGCACUUGACGUCCAAGCUUCUCAAAGUUUUUCUGGCAUCAUUAACUUGGAGAAGGCUGUGAUUUGCUCUUUGGCUGCCAUAAUAAGAUACCUCAAAGAAUUUAACUUGGAAAAGGUGCUUUCCAAGCCCAAGAAUUUCAAACAGUUGUCUGGUGAAACGGAAUUUAUGACAAUUAAUGGAACAACAUUAAGGAAUCUUGAAAUCCUACAGAAUCAGACUGACAUGAAAACCAAAGGAAGUUUACUUUGGGUCUUAGACCAUACUAAAACCUCAUUUGGGAGACGGAAAUUAAAGAAGUGGGUGACCCAGCCACUCCUUAAACUAAGGGAGAUAAAUGCUCGACUAGAUGCUGUAUCUGAAGUACUCCAUUCAGAAUCCAGUGUGUUCGGUCAGAUAGAAAAUCAUCUGCGUAAACUGCCCGAUAUAGAGAGAGGACUCUGUAGCAUUUAUCACAAAAAAUGUUCUACGCAAGAGUUCUUCUUGAUUGUCAAAACCCUGUAUCACCUGAAGUCAGAAUUUCAAGCAUUAAUACCUGCUGUUAAUUCCCAUGUUCGGUCAGACUUGCUCCAGACAUUUAUUUUAGAGAUUCCUGAACUCCUUAGUCCAGUGGAACGUUACUUAAGGAUGCUUAAUGAACAAGCUGCCAAAACUGGGAAUAAAACUGAAUUAUUCAAAGACCUUACUGACUUCCCUUUAAUAAAAAAGAGGAAGGAUGAAAUUCAAGAAGUUACUGACAAGAUCCAAAUACAUUUACAAGAAAUACGAAAAAUACUAAAAAAUCCUUCUGUACAAUAUGUAACAGUGUCAGGACAGGAGUUUAUGAUUGAAGUAAAGAAUUCUGCUGUAUCUUGUAUACCAACUGAUUGGGUUAAGGUUGGAAGCACAAAAGCUGUGAGCCGUUUUCACUCUCCUUUUAUUGUAGAAAAUUACAGACAUCUGAAUCAGCUCCGGGAGCAGCUAGUCCUUGACUGCAGUGCUGAAUGGCUUGAUUUUCUAGAGAAUUUCAGUGAACAUUAUCACUCCUUGUGUAAAGCAGUACAUCACCUAGCAACUAUUGACUGCAUUUUCUCUCUAGCCAAGGUCGCUAAGCAAGGAGAUUACUGCAGACCAACUCUACAAGAGGGAAGGAAAAUCUUGAUUAAAAAUGGCCGGCACCCUGUGAUUGACGUGUUGCUGGGAGCACAGGAUCAGUAUGUACCCAACAGUACAAAUUUAUCAGGGGAUUCAGAGAGAGUAAUGAUAAUCACUGGACCAAACAUGGGUGGAAAGAGCUCCUACAUAAAACAAGUUGCAUUGAUUACUAUCAUGGCUCAGAUGGGCUCCUACAUUCCUGCGGAGGAAGCAACAAUUGGAAUCGUGGAUGGCAUUUUCACAAGGAUGGGUGCUGCAGAUAAUAUAUAUAAAGGACAGAGUACUUUUAUGGAAGAGCUGACUGACACAGCAGAAAUAAUAAGACAAGCAACAUCCCAGUCCUUGGUUAUCUUGGAUGAAUUGGGAAGAGGGACAAGCACCCAUGAUGGAAUCGCCAUUGCUUAUGCUACACUUGAGCAUUUUAUUAGAGAUGUGAAAUCCUUAACCCUGUUUGUCACCCAUUAUCCACCCGUUUGUGAAUUAGAAAAAAGUUACUUACAACAGGUGGGAAAUUAUCACAUGGGAUUCUUGGUCAAUGAGGAUGAAAGCAAAAAGGAUCCAGGUGAAGAACAAGUCCCUGAUUUUGUCACUUUUCUUUAUCAAAUAACCAGAGGAAUUGCAGCAAGGAGUUAUGGACUAAAUGUGGCUAAAUUAGCAGAUGUUCCUGGAGAAAUUUUAAAGAAAGCAGCUAGCAAGUCAAAAGAGUUAGAAGGAUUAGUAAAUAUCAAGAGGAAAAGGCUAAAGUGUUUUGCAAAGUUAUGGAUGAUAAAUGACGCAAAAGACCUACAAAAAUGGAAAGACGAGUUUGAAAUGGAAGAAAUUCCAGGCUUCUCUUCUUGAUUAAAAUGAAGACUACAUUUUUGGACAAAACAUGGAGAAUUAAAAAUACCAUCUGUACCAAACAUCUCUCCAGUAACAGCCUAUCUUUGUGUUAUGUGAGCAUAAAAUCAGAACUAUGGUAUAUUCCCAUUGGAAACAGGCCUUUUGUGUAGAAAGUCUGUUCCAGGUUCUUGUCAUCCUGACUCAUAAAAGUAUAAACAGUUUUGAAUAUUAAGUCUUCUGUUAUAUAGUUAGAAAACUUCAUGAAUAGUAAGAUUCACAUAAAAUCUGAUCUCCUAAACGAAGCCUAACAUAAACUAAAAGUUUAUAGAGAAUGAUAGAAAAAUUUAAUUCAUAUUUUUGUUCCAGUCCAGAUUAAUUUGCAACUGGGUGAGAUGUCUAGCAGAAAUACACCUUUUCAUUUGAACUAAAGUAAUUUUAUAAUGUCACCUUUACAUGUAAAGUCAUUUUAUAAUGUCAUUGAGCGUAAGAAUUUUUGAUGAGAAAUAGAAAAAGAUAUCAAGCUUUUAGAAAGUAGAGCACGGAAGGAAUAAGAUCAUAUGAAAUUUGAAAAGUUAAAUACUCUCACAGUUUUAAGCAAUUUAAAAAUUAUUGGAUGAAAUUAUUUGUCAUUCAGGUAAUAAACAUUUAAUGAAUACUUGCU